AUGAAAGUACGUAUAGAACUUCCAUCGCCGUGGAGGCAGCCUUGGUUUCCAGACCGUGGGUUGACUGUAUUUGAGCGAACAGUCCCAUCUGGUAACACUGCAUCUAAUGAAGCUUUCCAAAAGGCUACGAAAUGGUUCCGUGAAUGCAACGAUACGCAUGAAGAUUGCUCAGCAGGAGAGAUACCAGAGAUGCCUGAUAGAGUUCUUGAUAUUGCUGCUGAAGAUACUACGUCCGGUAUCAAGUUAGUUAAAACAAAUGGUAAAAAGGCGAGAUACGCUUGCUUGAGCCACCGCUGGGGAGAGGAAACAUCUCAAGCCACGAGGCAGAACGUUGAUUCAUUGUUCGACGAAGUGCCAUGGGACUACCUCUCGCCCACUUAUCAGGACUCCAUAACAUUUUUGAGAAAAUUUUCAAAAUGGCACCAAGAACAGUACGGGGAGGAGAUACGCUACAUUUGGAUCGACAGCUUGUGCAUUAUACAAGAUUCCAAGAGCGAUUGGAAGAAGCAUUCUCUAAAAAUGAGCGAUAUAUAUUCCAACUCCUCCAUUACCUUGGUAGAGAGCCAUCGGCUUCAUACGGAUAAACGAUUAUUUCAGGAUUCUACUUCAAGGAGGGGUUCAAAGCAUGUCUCUAUCCGAGAUGCAAAAGGCAACGACCAUGAGUUACACUAUCGACACACAAUAUAUCAUCCAACAUUCAUGGUCAAGGAUGACGAUAUUCCAGUCUGGAAGAGAGCGUGGGUAUUUCAAGAACGCCUUUUGUCGCGCCGUCUCCUCAUUUUUGGACCUGAUGAGCUUUCGUGGCAAUGUGCCAGCCACCAUAAGUGUGAAUGU